CAGCAGUAGGUGGAGCGGCCGGAGGCAGUAGGAGGCGACCGGCAGCCCCGGCCCGGCUCCACCGGCACCGCCGCUCCCCGCUGACCGCCCGGCCCGGCCCGGCCCUGCCCCGCCGGGGCGGAGCGGAGAGGAGCGGGGCGGCCCAACCGCCUCCCUCGGCCGCUUGCCCGCGGUGCCGAGCAAGCCUCUUCCGGGCGAGGGGCAGCGCGGAGCCGGCAGCGUGUAGCGGUCGCGAGUUCUUGAAUAUGUCAGGAAAUAUACCAUUAAAUAUUAAUAUCAAGGAGCCCCGAUGGGAUCAAAGCACUUUUGCUGGACGAGCCAAUCACUUCUUUACUGUAACAGACCCCCGGAAUAUUUUGUUAUCUAAUGCUCAGCUGGAAAAUGCAAGAAAAAUUGUGCAUGAUUACAGACAAGGUAUUGUGUCACCUGGCUUGACAGAAGAUGACUUGUGGAGAGCAAAAUAUAUCUAUGAUUCAGCCUUUCACCCAGACACUGGUGAAAAGAUGAUCUUGAUUGGCCGAAUGUCAGCUCAGGUACCCAUGAACAUGACUAUCACAGGUUGUAUGAUGACCUUUUAUAGAACGACACCAGCGGUGCUUUUCUGGCAGUGGAUUAACCAAUCCUUCAAUGCUGUAGUAAAUUACACAAACAGGAGCGGUGAUGCCCCGAUUACUGUCAGCCAGCUGGGAACAGCCUAUGUUUCUGCUACCACAGGUGCUGUUGCAACAGCCUUAGGACUUAAUGCACUAACAAAGCAUGUCUCACCUCUUAUAGGACGGUUUGUUCCAUUUGCUGCUGUUGCUGCUGCUAACUGCAUUAAUAUUCCACUAAUGAGGCAAAGAGAAAUCAAGUGUGGAAUCCCUGUCAUGGAUGAGAAUGGAAACAGACUGGGUGACUCAUCAAAAGCAGCUCAGCAGGCAAUUGCCCAGGUGGUUAUAUCAAGGAUUCUUAUGGCUGCUCCUGGCAUGGCAAUUCCUCCUUUCAUAAUGAAUACAUUGGAAAAGAAAGCCUUUUUAAAGAGGUAUCCUUGGAUGAGUGCUCCCAUUCAAGUUGGAUUAGUUGGAUUCUGUCUUGUGUUUGCCACACCCCUGUGUUGUGCACUGUUUCCUCAAAAAAGUUCUAUGUCUGUAACACGCUUGGAGCCAGAAUUGGAAGCCAAGAUCCGAAAGAACAGCCCUGAAGUAGAACGUGUAUACUUUAAUAAAGGAUUAUAAUUCAAGGAAGGGAAAGUAUCUUUCAA